GUUGACAUCACUGUUUAAUACUUUUUGACGUACAAAUUGUCUGUCUAUACGUAUAUACGCGUCUUCUAUAUUGGAAAAAUAUAUUAAGAGUGAGAAAUUAAAGGAAAGAAAUGAACUGUUGAGUUAUGAAUCGCAGAGGAAUCAAUACAAAUACAAAUUUAAAUUCACAAUCAGUCAUGGAUGAUGCCAGUUGGAAAAAUGUUAACGUGCCCGAAAACCCUUCAAUGAUGGGUGGCGGAGGCAAUAACCCGUCUUUAAAUCCAGAUGGAUCCAAUCAGGGAGGAUUUGCUCAAGGCAAUAUGCCUUACGGGGGUUCAAAUACUCCCUAUUCUCAAGGUGGGCAGAAUUCACCAGCAGGUAAUCAGGGGCUGGUGUUUCCAAACGCGAAUCCAACAGGAUCAAAUACACCACAGUAUACAUCAUCACCAGCACCAUCGGGCUCGUCGACACCCGGACCUGUGUCACAGCAAAAUAUGUCUGGCCCUUACCCGCAGCCAUCGAAUUCGGGAAAUUUUAAUGGUCCUGUAGGUGGACCCUUUGGAUCUCCCUCAUCCGGGAUGGGGCAGUUUAGUCGUCCCGCUAGUUCUGGCACGCCUUUUAACAGUCAAGGUGGUCAUUUCCCCGGGCAAGCUGUAUUUAACGUAGGCGGUCAGUUUAAUUCAAUGCCUCCUGCUUCUGGAUUCGGUCAUGGUGGUGGUCAUCCUAUGAUGGGAGGACCACAGAUGGACCGUAUUGACCCCGGAUAUAGACGACACAAUUCUUAUUUUAGCCAUACCGAACAUCGUGUGUUUGAAAUGAACAAACGGCUACAGCAAAGAACUGAGGAAAGUGAUAAUUGUUGGUGGGACUCGUUCACCACAGAGUUUUUCGAGGAUGAUGCAAAAUUAACAGUUCUGUUCUGCUUGGAGGAUGGACCCAAACGUUAUACGAUUGGACGCACAUUAAUACCGAGAUUUUUUCGCAGCAUCUAUGAGGGAGGAGUAUCCGAUUUGUAUUUCCAACUCAAACAUGCCAAGGAAUCAUUUCACAAUACAUCAAUCACAUUAGAUUGUGACCAGUGCACAGUUAUUACCCAACAUGGUAAACCAUUCUUUACCAAAGUAUGCGCCGACGCUCGACUUAUUUUGGAAUUUAUCUAUGACGAUUAUAUGCGGAUAAAGUCAUGGCACAUGACAAUCAAAGGGCAUAGAGAACUUAUACCCAGAUCUGUUAUUGGGACAUCUUUACCAUCAGAUCCUAUGAUUCUCGAACAAAUUACCAAAAAUAUCACAAGGGCUGGCAUCACAAACUCUACAUUGAACUAUUUGCGACUUUGUGUUAUACUGGAACCUAUGCAGGAGUUAAUGUCACGACACAAAGCAUAUGCAUUAAGCCCUCGUGAUUGUUUAAAGACGACCCUUUUUCAGAAGUGGCAAAGGAUGGUCGCACCCCCUGGGAAAAAAGACCCGCAGAGGCCGGCCAACAAAAGGCGCAAAAGAAAGGGGUCAAACUCGGGCGGGGGCGCAAACGCAAACACCCCACCCGUGAGUAAUCAGAAGCGCUCCCCGUCCGGUCACAACUUUUCAUUAUCUUCACAAGACGUUAUGGUUGUUGGCGAGCCCACUUUAAUGGGCGGUGAAUUUGGCGAAGAAGAUGAACGUUUAAUAACGCGUUUGGAAAACACCCAAUAUGAUGGUUCCAAUGCAAUGGAUCACGAGAAUCAUACCGGUUUUGGUCAUUCGGAUUCUCCAAUAUCUGGUGCAAAUCCUUGGAACAUGGAUAGAUCAGGUGCAAUACCAGCUAGUCCCGGGAGUGGGUCAGUACAGAACAAUGCAAAUAUGGCCGACAUAGAUAAAAAGAGCCCGAUAGUGUCGCAGUAAAAGAAUAUAAUUAUAUAUAUAUUUUUUUUUUUUGAAAAACUAGCGUAGUGUAUAUUACAUUAAGUUAACGUUUUUAUUUUGACAUAAAAAAUUAAUUAUUGAUUAGAGCAAAGUAAUUAAUAUGGAUAAAGUAUUUCUCAUUAACUGCCGCCCCCAUAUACCCUACCUAAUGUAUGUAAGGCAGUACCAUUUAUUAUUAAUCGUAUAAAAUAAAAGACCAAUGACAAAA